AGAAGAAGAAGAAGAAAACUAAAGCAACACCUGUCCACACCCAAACCUGUCGCUCACUGGAAUUGAUUUCAUCUAUGAUUCAGAAAACAUGUCUACAAAUGUCGAUUUAGCACAAUCCCUACCAAAUAUAAGACUGCAAGUGAUGCUGAAGGAUUGAGUGUUUUCUGAUCAGUUUUCAGGGUCAGUUUAGCUGCAGUAUGUCAGAGGAAAGAGGAAAGGACUCUCUCUCUCAGAUGAGUCUCUCAGAGAAACACAGUGUAAGAUCAGGCUCACAUGUGUCCAGCUCUGUGUCUCUGAAGAGUGAUCAGUCUAAAGAAGGACUUUUACCAAAGUUCAGUGAGAAAACACCAUCAUCUAAUAAAAGUGUAAGAUCAGGCUCACAUGUGUCCAGCUCUGUGUCUCUGAAGAGUGAUUGGUCUAAUGUUCUUCCACCAAACUUCAGUGAGAAAACACCAUCAUCUAAUAAAAGGCUUCAAUAUGAGACAUUAGACUCAGACCUUCAGACUCACAGGAAACACGAGAAUUUCAAAGACAAUCUUCUUGGGAUCUUCCAGGAUCUUGAGAGGAAAAUAAUCACAUUUCUGAAGAAUGAACUGGAGAAGUUAAAGAAAAUAUUACAACAUGAGAACACACAACACUUUGUGAAGGACUUUAAUGAGAACAGAUCCAGUAUCAGAGAAGCCGCUCUUGAUCUCACACUACAUUACCUGAGAGAGAUGAAGCAAGAUGAAGCUGCUGAUGCUCUAGAAGAUGAGCUGUUCUUCAUUCAUCAGCUGAAAUGUGGCCUAAAGAAAAAGUAUCAAUGUGUGUUUGAAGGAAUGUCGAUGCAAGGUGACUCCACACUCCUGAAUAACAUCUACACAGAUCUCUACAUCACUCAGGGUGGCAGUGAACAGGUCAAUACUGAACAUGAGGUCAGACAGAUUGAAGUUGCUUCCAGACGUCAUGAAGCACAAGAGAUACAGGUUGAAUGCACACAUUUGUUUGAAGCGCCUGAACAAGACGAGGAGAUCCGAACUGUACUGACAAAAGGAGUCGCUGGCAUCGGGAAAUCAGUCUCUGUGCAAAAGUUUGUUCUGGACUGGGCUGAAGGAAAAGAAAAUCAAGAUAUCAGCUUCAUAUUUCCUCUUCCAUUCAGAGAGAUGAACUUAAAGGAGAAAGAAAAACUAAGUUUGAUGGACCUUAUAACUCAGUUUUUCCCAGAGACAAAAGGACUGAACCUUACAAGAAGGAAUCAGUUCAAAGUGCUGUUCAUCCUUGAUGGACUGGACGAAUGUCGCCUUCCUCUGAAGUUUGAUUGUAAUGAGACGUGGCGUGAUGUAUCAUCACCAGCCUCUCUGGAUGUUCUCCUAACGAACCUCAUGAAGGGAAAUCUGCUUCCUUCUGCUCUCGUCUGGAUCACCAGCAGACCAGCAGCUGCCAGUAAGAUUCCUCCUGACUGUAUCGACCGGCUGACAGAGAUACGAGGAUUCAGCGACGCACAAAAGCAAGAGUACUUCAGAAAAAGAUUCAAGGAUGAUAUUCAAGCCAACACAAUCAUAGAUCAUGUUAAACAAUCAAAGAGUCUCUUUAUCAUGUGCCACAUCCCAGUCUUCUGCUGGAUUUCAGCCACUGUUCUCCAGAACAUUCUGGAGGAGAAGAGAAAUAAUGAUGUGAGAAACACUCAGGCUGAUGAGAUCUCUAAAACACUGCAGGAAUCAAACACUGAAGACACUCCCAAGACUCUGACACAAAUGUACACACACUUUCUCCGCUUUCAGAUCCAGCAGAGCUGCCGGAAAUAUGAUGGAGAAUACACACCAGAUGUUUCCUGGGAUAAAGACACCAUCCUUUCACUGGGGAAACUGGCAUUUCAUCAGCUGGAAAGAAACAACCUGAUCUUCUAUGACACAGACCUGGAAGCCUGUGGUCUUGACGUCUAUAAGGCAUCAGUGUACUCAGGCAUGUGUACCCAGAUCUUUAAGAAGGAAACAGGGAUCGUUCUUGGUACCAUGUACUGCUUUGUUCACUUGAGCAUUCAAGAGUUUAUUGCAGCCCUUUAUGCACAUCUGUUUCUAGACAUCAACAAGACAAGUGUGUUUGAUCAUGAGUCUACAGAACAGAAAAACAGAAAUGAAACCAUGAUUGAUUUUCUCAAGACUGCAGUGGACAAGGCGCUGGAGAGUGACAAUGGACACCUGGACCUUUUCCUUCGAUUCCUCCUCGGUCUGUCACUCCAGUCCAAUCGACGACUCUUACGAGGUCUGUUAACACAGCGAGACGGCACUGACCAGAGCAACAAGGGGAUAGUUCGACGACUCUUACGAGGUCGGUUGACAAAGAAAGACGACACUGACCGGAGGAACAAGGAGAUAGUUCAGUACAUCAAGCAGAAAUUAGAAGCUAAUCUUCCUGCAGAGAGAUCCAUCAAUCUGUUCUACUGUCUGAAUGAACUGAACGACCAAACUCUGGUGAAUGAGAUUCAGACCCACCUUAGCAAAGGAAGUCUCUCAUCUGGUGACCUUUCACCUGCCCAGUGGUCUGCUUUAGCCUUUGUGUUGUUGACAUCAGAGGAAGAGCUGGAGGAGUUUGAGCUUCAGAAAUUCAAGAAAUCAGACGAGUGUCUCAUCAGAUUAUCGGCAGUCAUUAAAGCCUCCAGAAGAGCUCUGUUAAAUAAUUGUAACUUAACAGACAAAAGCUGUUCAUCUCUGGCUGCAGUUCUUGGAUCAGACACCAAUCUGAAAGAGCUGAACAUGAACAAUAAUAAACUGCAGGAUUCAGGAGUGAAGCUGCUCUGCACUGGACUGAAGAAUAUAAAGUGUAAAUUGGAGAUACUGAGGUUAAGAGACUGUUAUAUGACAGAUGAAGGUUGUUCUGAUGUGACUUCAGCUCUGAAAUCAAACCCGUCACACCUGAGAGAGCUGGACCUGAGCGAGAAUAAUCUAGGAGACUCUGGAGUGAAAACCCUCAGUGAUCUACUGAUGAACCCACAAUUCAAGCUGGAGAAACUACAUCUGUUUGACUGUGGCAUUACAGAUGUUUCUUCUUUAACUCAGUCUUUGACGAACUCAAAAGCUCUGCAGUUUUUAAAAGAGCUUGAUCUGAGUUUCAAUAAGAUCGGAGACUCAAAGCGGCGGCUCAGAGACGAGCUACGAGACUCAAACUGUGUCCUGAGGUGAGGAAACAUCACUGAGAUAUUAAAGACAUCUUCAUUUACCUCUGAUAUGUGAACAAUCCUUUCAAACAUUCGUGAAAGGAAAUUAUCAUUAAGAUUUGUUGCAACAAAGGGUUUGUGUGAGAACAUAAUGUGAAGUUAUUGAAAUGUUGAACACAAAGGAGGAAAGAGAAGAAAAGCUCACUGUCACAGCUUUAUACAUCAACACCUGCUUUAUGAACUGUGUCAGUAGAAGUGAAUCAUUUGAGUGUGAAACAGACUUGGUCAGAUUGUAGGAAACGCUGCACUCCUGCUAAAAUCAGUGCAGUUCCAGCUUCAGCUCACAGCGUCCAGCUCACAUGAGCAAUGUCUCUGUCUCUAGUGUGUUUUUACUGUGACAAGCAACACGUCACACUACUCGACACUUACUUUACUCUCAGUUAUUUACUAAGAGCCUACAAACAUGUUUAAACUAGAGGACAAACGGCUUUAACUAAAGGUUUGUGUUUAACUCAAAAUAACAUUAGUAUUUGCUCGCUGUGGUUUAUUCCAUACGCCGUACACUCAUUAGUUUCUCCUUUACAGAGACUCAAUAGGAGUCACACAGACACACACAGACACACAUAUGAACAUGAUUCAGGCUUUACAUCUAUUAUAUUUAAAAACACAAAUAUCUCUAUCCAAGAUCAUGUAAAGUCAGUAAUUA